AUGGUACCGAAUGAACCCGAUGAGAGACUGGUCUAUCUGGCUUGUCGACAUCUUUUUCGCGACUUAAACUCCCACCUGCGAAAGCCGAAGCCGAUUAAAAGUGUGCUUGAAAAAAACACACCAGCACUCACCGAUAUUCUCAGAGAAUAUGAUAUUGAAGGCUUAAGCAGUGUUGUGAAAAAGCUCUUGGAAGCGCAAGUUUUCGAAUCUACAUUAAAGGCCAAAAUCAGAUUCCCUGAGCUAUUUGAUGUGUCACCGGCGCAGAGUGCCGAACGAGAAACUUCAGAAGCGGAGGCAGCAAGAGACGAGGCGAAUUCCAUAAAGGAAAUUAGUGAAAAGGAGUUUACCCCGUCGAAUGCCGUUGACCUUUUACCAGAAACUUCCCGGGCGGACAAAGGGAAAGAAAAACUGGAUGAAUAUUUAGCCGAACAUGAUCGUCAACCUGACCGAGAGAUACCAUCGUUAUAUCCUAUCUACAUUCCCUACCGAAGCCAACAUCUCAUCACCAGCUCGGUACAAUCCAUAGUCGAAGAGAGUUGCUUCAUAUUCGGCCAGCAACAUUUCCCUCAGCUUCUAGCCAGAAAACAGUGGGAUUGCCCAGAAGCCGUGGAAUUGACAGAAUGGACUAAGAUCCUUGCUCAGAAUCAUACUCUGCUGAAUACCACUGUUGUCAAGGCCGCGAAGAAGCCACUCGACGAAAUUUUUGGACUACUCCGUGAAUUGAGGCACUCUGUUGUACACCGGCUUCGAAGGAGCGCAUCUGGCGUGGAGCGGCUUGUUGAGAAUGCAGAGCUUUUUGUGGAAGUCCUGCAGGAUCAAGAUCGACUAGGCAAGAUCUCAAUACUUCGAAAUGAGCUAAAAACGGCCAUUGAAGAGCUCGCGCGAAAUAAAGACCUUUUGGAAGCAAGUCUACUAGCUCAACUGAAAGAUAUACGUGCCGAGCGGGCGAAGCUGGAUUUGCGGGAGCAGAAUGCUAUCCAGGCCAUGACUGAUGACGACCUUCAAUACCUGGAUGACACCGGACACAGACUAGUUGAUAUGGUCAUGCGGAUGCAGUCAAGUGGGGUGAAAUCCGUAAAUGGAGAGCCAAUAAUGGCUAGAUCUGAAUCGGGAUCUGAUUCGGAGGCAGGGUCGGAGUCAAUACAAACGAUUUGUUGUUGA